CUAAUUUCCAUGUUUUCUCUGCCCUUUACGAAGCAGUAGUGAACAAAAAAAAAAAAAUCCUAAUUGACAUCGAGUUAACUCAGUCCGAGUUUGCAGAGAUGGAUUCGCACUUAACCGCACCGAACCGCUCUCGCAGCUCCCAGACCCCAUCCCCGUCUCACUCUGCCUCCGCCUCUGCCACCUCCUCCCUCCACAAGCGCAAACUCGCCGCGGCGGCGUCUGAGGACCACGCUCCCCCUUCCUCGUUCCCCCCGUCUUCCUUCUCAGCCGACACUCGCGACGGCGCUUUGACCUCCAAUGAUGACCUCGAGAGUAUCUCCGCUCGCGGCGCUGACUCCGAUUCUGAUGCUGACGACUCAGAGGACGCCGUCGUCGAUGAUGACGAGGACGACUUUGACCACGACAACGAUUCCUCCAUCCGCGCUUUCACCGCCGCUCGCCUCGAUUCCGGCUCCGACUCGGCUCGGAACACGAAGCUCAAGACCGAGAAUUCUACAGUUAAGAUUGAGAAUGCGGAUGGAGGAAAAGACGGUGGAGCCCCUCGGUCGGGGUCGGUUGUGCCCACGGGGGCUGCCGCAGCCGGUGGAAGCUCAAUUGCGGGGAUUUCGACAAAGGAAGACGUUAAGAUAUAUACUGAGAAUAUACAGACUAGUGGUGCUUAUAUUGCUAGAGAAGAGAACUUGAAAAGAGAGGAGCAAGCGGGAAGACUCAAGUUUGUUUGCUAUUCAAACGAUGGUGUUGAUGAGCACAUGGUUUGGCUGAUUGGAUUGAAGAAUAUUUUUGGAAGGCAACUACCCAACAUGCCGAAAGAGUACAUUGUUCGUCUUGUGAUGGACAGAAGCCAUAAGUCUGUGAUGGUUAUCAGACGUAAUCAGGUCGUUGGUGGCAUCACGUAUCGCCCAUAUGUCAGGUUAAAUUUACAUUCAUUAAAUAUCAGCCAAAAGUUUGGGGAAAUAGCUUUUUGUGCAAUUACCGCAGAUGAACAAGUAAAAGGUUAUGGCACCAGACUGAUGAAUCAUUUAAAACAGCAUGCUCGAGAUGUUGAUGGACUAACACAUUUUCUGACAUAUGCUGACAAUAAUGCUGUUGGCUAUUUUAUCAAACAGGGUUUUACCAAAGAGAUUCACUUGGAGAAGGAUCGAUGGCGAGGGUAUAUUAAAGACUAUGAUGGAGGUAUUCUUAUGGAAUGUAAAAUUGAUCCAAAGCUUCCGUAUACUGAUUUAUCAACCAUGAUUCGUCGUCAGAGGCAGGCAAUUGAUGAAAAGAUUAAGGAGCUUUCAGACUGUCAAGAUGUUCAUGACGGAAUUAAUUUUCACAAGAAUGAAGCUGGUAUUCCAAAAGAAGUUGUCAAAGUUGAGGAUAUCCCUGCUUUGAAGAAAGCCGGAUGGACUCCUGAUCAAUGGGGCCAUACACGAUUUAGAGCCUUAAUCAUUUCCACAGACAAUGCGACAAAUCAGAAACAUUUAACUGGUUUUAUGCGCUCACUUCUAAAGUCAAUGCAUGACCAUGUUGAUGCUUGGCCAUUCAAGGAGCCAGUUGAUUCUCGUGAUGUCCCUGAUUAUUAUGACAUCAUCAAAGAUCCCAUGGAUCUGAAGACUUUGUCGAAAAGAGUUGAAUCAGAGCAAUAUUAUGUAACACUUGAGAUGUUUGUAGCUGAUGUCAAGAGGAUGUUUGCCAAUGCACGCACGUAUAAUUCUCCUGAUACUAUAUACUAUAAAUGUGCAACCAGACUGGAAGCUCAUUUCUCGGGCAAAGUUCAAUCAGGUCUCCAAUCUUACACCAAAAUUCAGUAGUGAGAACUGGAAUGCAUGUUCAUACACUUGUGUCCUUCAAUAUGGGGAGAUUCAGAUUUCAGUGAUUCUAGCCGUCCAAUUUGAAGAACAUGUAACAUUAGUCUUCACAAUCUCGUCUAUCGUGUGCAGAUUUACUCUGGGGAAAUUCCGACGUGUCCACCUUGUAUGUUUUAAAUGUGAUGUAUGUAUCAUGUCUGGAUGCAUAAUUUAAUAGAUUACUAAUCGGGAUUGAACAUGGAUAAACAGCACAUCAUAAUUUAGAGAAAGUGCCAUGGUAUAAAUUAGAUAAGGAUAUCAUUUUAUUCUAAUUUAGAUGUUUGGAAUUCCUUGAUCAUUUAUUUUCCUAGUUAUAUGCUUAUAAUCAUUUGGCCUGGCUGAGUCAGUUCUGAGAAAGGCUCCAACCAACCAGAUUGAGCUCAUAAUGACGGCUCUAUCUUGUCUAUCGAUUGAUUCAGUUUUGUUUUUAUUUCAAAAGAAUUCGAAGAAAAAAAAAAAAAAAAAAAAACAAGGGAAGGGAAUUGUGAGAGAUGAAAAUCAUAUUUCAGCUUUACAAAAAUUCACUUCUUAAUGGAGGCGGGUAAAUUUUGGCUUACGAAAAUUCACUUUGUAAGUGAGAUGUGUGAACUAUUUUGAUUAAAUAAAUUUCAUAUCCAUUGAUUGAUUCAGUUGAUCAAAGGAAAUUGCUGUUACACUUACCAAACUAUUUUGGUAAAUUGCAGCCGACAACCCCACUUUUAGUUAACAGUGUUUGAAAACUUUUUGUUCAUGGUUUCUCAUAAUGCAUAAGCAUAUAUGGUUAAACCUAAAAGA